GCACUUGCCUCAUCCAACGCCAUCUCAUUGAAACGUUCUUUGAAACGAUAGACUAGGCCUCUGAGCCAUUGUAUGUCUCGAACACCACACCACCCUAGAAGCAAACUCGACCCAAACCCUGACACCGAAACCAGCGUGCGGGUUAAGCGACAGAAGACGAUGCAGACAGAACCUUUCGACGACGACAUUGUCAUGCUUGACACCCGACCACCCACCCCGCCCUCCAACGUAGUCCGGAGCAGCAGCGCCAAGAACGCGCACCUCAAGGGCCGGAAACGAUUCAACGCUGAUUUCAGUGACCUGAAGGUGGAGGGGAUGGAAGUGGGCGCACUGCAGUUGACUAACUUCCGGCCUGGUGAGGACGAAGGCCAGAUUGCGUUCCAGAUCAUCGACCGUGGCAAGGGCGACACACGUGUGGCCUCCUGCACGAUCACAGUCAGCGAUACGUCGGAAUACCCCAAAGGACAUAUGACUUUCGGAUAUAGCGACGACGCAGAUGUCCCCCAAGCCGUCAGCGACGAGUUGGACAACUUGAAAGGCGGCGUUCCCAUCGCGGAUACAUUGGAGCGGUUCUUGCAGAGGAUCGGUGGUGCGAAGUCCAAACCGCUGGCUGCUGCAUUGUCGAAGAACAAGUCUAUCCUAUCCGAUGAAGAAGCCUCGGACGAUGAGUCGGAUGGCGGCGGCUACUACUCGGAAGACGAUUUCGACAUGGGUCGCCCUAGUCCAGUCUCUAAGGACGUCGAACGCCACCGAGUGUUAUCCCGCUUGCAGCACGACUUCCUUGAAGUCGUUUCGUCCGGGUACAGGCCUGGGCUCAUCCCCUUCGCGGCGCUGUCGUCUGUAUCAGGUGGAUUCAACCAUACUUCCGACUUCGCCAUCAGCGUCUCGAUUCCUACCGUCAACCUGACGCGAAUCAUCCCCGCACAAGCACUUGUCGCCUGGGAUCGACGGCUCCUCGGUGCCCCGAAAGCCCGCCAUCUUGUCCUUCUCAUCUCCGGCUUCGGCGCAGCGUAUCCUGCAAUAGCCAAGAACGGGGAGCCCGCGCAGAAAACGACGCAACUCCGUUUCCAGCUGGGGAUCUGUAACCGGUACAAGCCGUCGAGAGAACACGCAGUGGAGGCGAACCGGACGUUUGGGUUGCUUGGCAAGGACGCGGAAGACGAACUGCGGGAGGCCCGUGAAGCGGCUCUGCGCGCGCGAGAGGCUGCGCUGUAUGAUGAUCCGGAUGCCUACAUAGAAGACGAUUCUGCGUUUCUGGAUCCUGGACCGGAGGAAGAGCCUGAUGAUGACGAUGACGGUCGCUUUGAGCGCUUCAGUUUGAGCAGCUCCCUCGAGUCACUACUGGACGCGCAGUUCGUCAAGCUCAUUGCAAUCCGGAGAAAGUACGGUGUCGGAUGGGGCGGUGCGGAGAUGAUGUUUGGAUAUGUCGAACGAGAGCAGAGAAGUUUGGAUGAUGUUUGGAAAACAUAUCGGAAGCUUAUUUUGGCUGCUGACGCCAGCGAGAAGGCUGAAUUCCAAGCGGGGAAACUACCAUACGAUCCGCUCCAAGGUCAGGCUCAAGACAGCGAGAUUAACCUUCCCUACACUGCUUUUUCUUACCUGAUUCGGCGGCUGACGAUCUGCACGCGUUACUGUCUUGUCUGUCACGACAAAUUGGCUGCCGAGUAUGAAGCUCUGAAGCCGUAUGUCUGUGACCGACCGUUGUGCACUUACCAAUACUAUGCUCACAACCGAGGUGCUUCGCUUGAAUAUGAAAUCAUCCACAAUCCCGAAACAGUGGAUCUGCUUGUGUCGUUGGCUUAUAGUGCUGCCGCCGAAGGCGUGCUGGAUCAGCCACUUCCUGUGGGCAUGGCUUUGAAAGUUCCACUGCCGGAACAGAGCCGUGUGGUCACCGCACCGGUUUCCAAUCAUGUCCGAGGAACACAACAGCCGGAGACGCAGUCUACUUCGCCCGUGGGCGUUAGCCAUUACAAAAUGGAUUUAGAUGGAUUAAUCGACUUCGAUACGAUGACAGUGCCACAUAUGCGUGCUAGCAUCGCCGCGUUGAUUGAUUCGCUGCCCUCCAUCGAAGACAUGAACCGGCACCUCCUGCGCAAAGUGAAACCCGGGAAAUCGAAGCCGCGACUGAAAGACAUGUUAGAUGGUCAGGUGUUGCCUGCUGCGUGGUCGAUUCUGCGGUGGUGUAUUGCGUCCUGUACUGCGUACUUGGAGGAUAUGUCGUCCUCUGGAGAGCAGCUGAUCCAGGGUGUCGAUCCAUCUUGGCGCCAGUUCAGGUUCAGCGUUGGCGCGCCAGAUGCUGAAGCCAAGUUCCAGAAGGCACUCAGUCACGCUACCGCGACAGAUCACAAUGCCAAGAAGUACCCGAGCCUGUAUGCGUUCCACGGAUCUGCUUUGCGUAACUGGCACUCCAUCGUGCGCCACGGCCUGUGGUUCAAGUCGGUUGCUAACGGACGGGCGUUUGGCGAUGGUGUGUACCUGGCGAAGGAAGCCCAGACGUCGAUGGGCACCUACGCUCAGGGCGGGCGGGCCUGUUGGCGCAAGAGCAAGCUCGCCCCGUCGAGCUGCGUCGCCAUUGCCGAGGUAGUGAAUCUCCCGCACCAGUUUGUAAGCUUCAACCCGCAUUUCGUGAUCAAAGACACAGAGUGGAUCGUUUGUCGGUAUCUGCUAGUCAAAGCUUUGGAACCUCACGAAUCCCGCACAAAGACGAACAAGGCGAUCCCCUUGGUCAAGAUCGAUCCGGCCCAGACCAUCACCAUGCAGAAUCAGCCACUGAAGUUGCCGCAGCCGGGGUACCAGAUUGCUGAGCUCGUUCAGCAGCGACAGCGCGAACUUAUCGACGAGCCUCACGACGACACGGACUACUUUGUGUUCUCCGACCACAAGCCUCCUGCACCCGUCGUCAAAGCGGUCGAGAUCAGUGACGAGGAGUAUGAACCUGUGAUCAUCGUCCGUUCCAAGGGCAAAGCACCCGUGGCGAAAGGCCCGCCAGCGGACGAUUGGCAACACGAUGAGGAUUAUGUUCGUCGGACCAUCGAGCUUCUGAUGCCGCCACCGUUCGAGUCGUCAUCGUCUGCGUCGAUGGCUGUCCAGCGGGAGCUCAAGGGCGUGCUCAGAGAGCAGGAGAAGGCGAUGAAGAGUCCGGAGGGACUGAGAGGACUGGGCUGGUAUCUUCCGCAGGACCUCAUGGGAGACAAUCUGUUCCAGUGGAUCGUCGAGAUGCAUUCUUUCGAAUCGUCACUGCCCAUCGCACAGGAUAUGAAAGCUGCAGGCAUCAACUCGCUGAUAUUUGAGAUUCGGUUUCCGCCGACAUAUCCCAUCGGCCCACCGUUCUUCCGCAUUAUCACACCCCGAUUCUUGCCUUUCAUCAAUGGCGGCGGGGGUCAUGUCACUGGAGGAGGAUCAAUUUGCAUGGAUCUGCUGACAGCAGAUAACUGGAUGCCGACUUACAGGUGCGCGCUUCCGUUUGCACGCAUCCAACACCUACUGAUUAUCUACCUACCACAGCAUACCGCCGUGCUCAUGCAAAUCCGACUGGCCAUUUCCAAUUUGGAUCCUCGACCUGCCCGACUAGCCCCCAACUGGAAGCUCCCAUACUCGCCAUCCGAAGCGUUGGCUGGAUUCAAGCGCGCCGCUGCGACGCACGGCUGGACGCUCCCUGCCGGAUUGGACAAAUUGGUGCAGUAGAGCGUGGACCUCAUCGCAUAUAUAUCAAUAUCGUUUUCUAUCUUGUCUCCACCACGCAAUCCGCUUUGUACCGCAUUCCAUCAAUCCACUUUUGCCGUCCGCAGUUUAGCUGUGCUGAUGCUGUGAAGCCAAGCAGCGUGCUCUGGUCUUGAGUGACGUCUUGCGCUUGGCUAGUGUGCUUCCAUGUAUGUAACCGGCUCUAGUAUAAAGUCUGUAGAUGCGUGUGACGCUCUAGGACCGACCCUCUACUAGUAUGCACCCAACUGUCAUCUCAACACCAGUCGUCAAGACGCCCUGCAUGGAUCCGUAUCGCGUCGACAGCGAGAAGACCCGGGCAGGGGCGGGGACGGGGACGGGGGCAGACGAGGAUUGCGAGUCGGCAGACUUGACCACACGGGCCAUCGUCAUCAGCAUCGUCACCACCCUCGUGGAUGCGCCAGAAAGCGCCUCAGACGUGCGAUGACAGUGGCCGCCCUCGUGCUGUUGGUGUGUGCAGCCUUGUUCGCCGCGUACUGCUGGCUCGGAGACGCUGCUGUGAGCGUCGAGGAUGUGCUCGAGGAAGGCGGGUGGUUCUUCAAGCGCGCGCUGGGCGGAACCGACACGACCGGUGGGAGUGGGGGCCAGUCGGCGUUCACGCGGCGGAAACUCUACCUCAUUGUCGUGUUCGUCGGGCUCUUCCUGGUGCUUGUUAUGGGGAUCAUGCUCUCCGCGUGGUGCUGCAAAGGGUCAUUCGAGAAUCCGCUGUGCUGCCCGUGCUAUCUCUGUGCGUGUUGCGGAGGACUGGCAUGUUUAGAGUGUGUCGGAUGUGGGCUUUGUGCCGAGGGAGUAGAUCAGAUGUAGUAACUCUUGUAUGGCUCGCAUCCACCAAGAUGUGGAUCGUGUCAUUAGAUGUGCUUUUCGAAAAGUCUGCCGUCACAUUGAAGCAGUCGCGAUCACACGCAGUCAGAGCGUGGUGCCUGCAGGCUGGUAUAGCUUCAUGCCACGUGUAUUUAGCUUCAACAGCCACACGAUACGGUUUCAUCUCCUGCUCACCGAUAACAAACCGUCCCCAGGUACCACCCAUCAGUCACCUUCCAAGUUCGGACCAUCGGCGUUGAGGUUGCUGUCGCGUGUUUGUCCGUGAUCGCAAGUGUGUGGGCUGCCGCAGUUGGCUAUCACCCCCACCCCAGCCCACCAUGCCCUCCAGCGAGGAAGUCAAGCUGCUCGAGGGCGUCGCCGUGCGCCAGCACCGCUUCCGGCUCUCCGUGCCCGCUGCCAACGACGGCGAGCCACUGAGCACGGGCGGCAUGACAGGAACGAUCGUCCCCCCGUCGCACAGGGCCUCCCGGUACAAAGAGAAGUUUCACGCGCUGAGGGAGAAGUAUACGCGGGUCACAGCUCAACGAGCUACAUUCGAGUCGGAGUUGGACGUCGCCAACGCCAAGCUCGCGAAACUGCAAGCAGAGAACGACAUGCUCCUCGAUGCACUGUGUCUGGCAGGGAACAAUCCGUCGAGCUCUCUGUUCGGAGCAUUUGCCUCUUCGCCAAAGUUGGAAUCGAGGGAGUUGCCGCCAACAGAUGUUGAUGCACUGAACCGCACGAAUGGAAAGGAGCGUGCGUAUGGGCACAAUGGGCAUACAAACC